AUGUGUUUAUUACGUAAAGUACCUUUUGGACCAGGAAUAAAUUAUCAUAUUAUAGAACACCUAAAAAAAAUUGUUGAUCGUUUGAGCCCUAUGGAUCGCUACUGUACACUAAUGUUUGAUGAAAUGUCUCUCGAAGCUGGUUUACAAUACGACAAACAUACAGAUUAUGUUUUUGGAUUAGAAGAUUUUGGAGUUGAGAGGAAUCCAUCAUCUUUUGCUGACCACGUUCUAACAUUUAUGAUCAGAGGUAUUCGGAAGAAAUACAAACAACCAAUUUGUUUUUAUUUUAUAAAAGGUACUACAAAAACACAUCAGCUAGUAGAAUGUAUAAAAGAAGUAGUUCAGAACAUUUUAAGUACUGGUUUGAAUAUUGUGGCCACGGUAUCGGAUCAGGGUUCAACCAACGUUGCAGCAAUUAAUGUGUUAAUGGAAAAGACUCACCAAUAUUGUUUGGAAAAAAAAAUUGAAAACCAAUACAACGGAUAUUUUAUUCAUGAUCAUGAUAUUAUACAUAUUUAUGAUCCACCGCAUCUCUUAAAAUCAAUUUGUUAA